AUGACGGCUUCUCAGUAUGUGACCUUGAUAAGCUUUAGCCCACAUGUUCGGUAUCUUUGCCUACUGUCACUUUCAUGGUUGUCUGUCACCAGCCAUGGCUUCGCUCUCUCCCACAACACUCUUAAACGGUUUGCACCGAACAAAGCAUUGUGUAGCCCCCCUACACGCCUUGACCUGAUAUCUUUGGUCAAUUUUCGUGAUGAAAUCACCUUUUUUGAUAAAACCGACGACGAGCGCUGUUGUAUAAACCGCCAAGGAGAGUUUCGACCCCAAAAAGGUGAUGUCUUUGAACUUGCCCUGGCUGAAGAAACGGACCUUCCUGAUGUUUCCCGCUUCAUUGUCACUAGUUUUGGCGCCGACGCAAUUCGGGUCAGUCAGGAUAUGAGCACAUUCGAAGGAAUGCUCAUGCGUCCUGCUGUUGAACUCGUCAAUGGCUAUUCCGGUAUUGUCGCCUUCGCCGAAGUUUUAGCAGGCCUACGGAGUAGACUAAAAACAAGGAUAGCCAACGGCUCCGACCUUUCAUUGCCUGAACUCAAGGGACGUUCCCGCACAGAGCAAAUAUCUGAGGCCACCAACGACUCUAUUGUGUUAGUACUUGGAAGACGGCACGCGGGAAAUGAUUGGCACAUAGACGUGAUUGCUUCGGUCGAGCUAAGAUUGCAACUUUGUGAUGCCAAGAUCCCUUUCUCCCUCCCAUGGCUGGACCGGAUUGAACGUACUGCCGCCUCAUGGAUAGGUCUCGGCAAGAAUCAUGCUCGGGAUUUGCAGCCUUACUUAGGAAAUCUGUGCGUGGCCGAAAGAUACCGUGGAAGAGGUAUAGGCCGAGCGUUGGUACGGUGUGUCGAAGAUAUUUCAAAGACAAAAUGGGGCUAUAGCCGAAUAUAUUUACACGUCGACAAGGACAACGCAGCGGCGUUAAAUUUGUACCAAGAGGAGGGUUAUAGAGAUGUGGGCCUUCGUUGGAAACCAUUCUGGGCGGGCAAAGCUGUGGACAUCGGAUAUUAUGUGAAAGGUUUGAAUAGGAAAGAGAGAAAGGAAUACAAGGCUUCGCUUUCUAUAGAUAAGAAAGAGAACAAGAGCGACGCAAAUACUGUGGAAGGAAAAUUGAAAAGGAGCGACAUAACUAGGUAA